UAUAGUAGAUAUUAAAACUUUGCAUUUUCUAUGGCAUGGAGAAAUUCUUUACAUAUUGCUCGGCCUGGUUGCUUCUCUUAUCAUGGUGUGUUUUAUUGUCAUUUGAGUAAUCAAAAUAGUUUGGCAGACAGAGUUUGGUAUUGUUGCAUUUUUUUUUUCAGAUAUAAUAAAAACAAGAGAAACAAACACGACUGAGUGUCAUGUAUGAAUUACACCAACAGUUUUUGGUUUUGAAACCUGGCUCUCCUUGAAAGUGCUCCCAGGCUUACCAGAGGCAAUGCCAUUGUGGUACACAUAAACUGAAUAAUCGACUUCAAUUACAAUCAUAAAAUGCCAUUGCCACCCAUUACUCAUCUCAAUCUCACUGCAUUAUGUAGAGAUAGCCAGUUCAAGGAUGCGCUGCACAUUCUGCUUACUACACACAACUCCCCUGAAGACUACAUAUAUUCAAUUUUUGCAAACCUUCAUUCUCAAGAACGCGCAUUCACAAGGGAAAAAUGUUCACUCAUUCAUCGCUUACAGGCAAUUUGCGUUUGCUCCCUGCACAGCAUUUCAUAAUAAGCUUAUUUACAUGUAUGUGAAGUGUGGAAGUUUGGUUGAUGGCCGUAAAGUGUUUGACCAUAUGAAAGAACGAGACAGAGCCUCAUGGAAUUCGAUUAUUGUAGCAUACAGAAGACAUGGGUAUCCUCACGAGGCAGUCACACUGUUUCACCAUAUGCAGCAAACAGGUCUCCAACCAGAUCAGUUUACAUUUGCCAGCGUACUCCCAGCCUGUGCCAAAAUAGGAGCUUUGGAACAGGGCAUAGACAUCCAUAAAAGCAUAGAGGAUAGAGGAGUUUUGUCAGAUGUGGUAGUUGCAAGCGCCCUGGUAGACAUGUAUGCAAAAUGUGGGAGCAUAGACAAGGCACGUGAAUUGUUUGACAGAAUGCCUGAAAGAAAUGUGUUCUCGUGGACAGCAAUGAUUGCAGGAUAUGUACAAAAUGGAUAUGUUGAAAAGGCUUUAGAAACUUUCAAACAAAUGCAAUCAGCUGGGGUAAAGCCAAAUUCCACAACCUUUGUCAGUAUCCUCCCUGCAUGUGCCAAAAUGGGAGCUUUGGAACAAGGCAUGAACUUGCAUCAAAGUAUAAUGGAAGGGGGGCUUUUGUCCGACAUUAUAGUCCGAAAUGCUCUGCUAGACAUGUAUGCAAAAUGUGGAAGCAUAGACAAGGCAGCUCAAAUGUUUGACAUAAUACCUCAAAGCGACGUCAUCUCAUGGAAUGCAAUGAUUGCAGGAUACGUACAAAAUGGAUUUGCUGAAAAGGCUUUAGAAACCUUCAAGCAAAUGCAAUUGAUAGGUAUAAAACCAAACUCCACAACCUUUGCCAGCAUCCUUCCAGCCUGUGCCAAAAUGGGCAUUUUAGAACAAGGUAUGGAUAUCCAUCAAAGGAUGAAGGAUGGAGGAAUUUCAUCAGAUAUUAUAGUUGCAACUGCCUUGGUAGACAUGUAUGCAAAAUGUGGAAACAUAGACAAGGCACGUGAACUGUUUGACAGAAUGCCUCAAAAAGAUGUAUUCUCGUGGACUGUAAUGAUCGCAGGCUAUGCGCAAAAUGGAUUUGUUGAAAAGGCUUUAGUAACUUUCAGGCAAAUGCAAUUGGCAGGUUUAAAGCCAAAUUGCACAACGUUUGCCAGCAUCCUCCCUGCCUGUGCCAAAAUAAGAGCCUUGGAACAUGGUAUGGAUAUCCAUCAAAGGAUAAUGGAAGGAGGAUUUCUGUCAGAUAUUGUGGUUGGAAAUGCUCUGGUAGACAUGUAUGCAAAGUGUGGAAGAAUAGAUAAGGCACGUAAACUAUUUGACAGAAUGCCUCAAAGAAAUGUAGUCUCAUGGAAUGCCAUAAUAGCAGGGUAUGCACAAAAUGGAUUUGGUGAAAAUGCUUUAGAAACUUUCAAGCAAAUGCAAUUGGCAGGUGUAAACCCAGACUCCACAACCUUUGCGAGUAUCCUCUCUGCCUGUGCCAAAAUGGGAGCUUUGGUACAAGGUAUGGGCAUCCAUCAAAGCAUAAAGGAUAGGGGAAUAUUGCCAGAUAUUAUAGUUGCAACUGCUCUAGUAGACAUGUAUGCAAAAUGUGGAAGUAUAGACAAGGCACGUGAACUGUUUGACAAAAUGCCUCAAAGAGAUGUGUUCUCAUGGACUGCAAUGAUUGCAGGCUAUGCACAAAAUGGAUUUGUUGAAAAGGCUUUAGAAACUUUCAGGCAAAUGCAAUUGGUAAGUUUAAAGCCAAAUUCCACAACCUUUGCUAGCGUCCUCCCUGCUUGUGCGAAAAUGGGAGCUUUAAAACAGGGUAUGGACAUCCAUCAAAGUAUAAAGGAUAGAGGAUUUUUAUCAGAUGUUGUAGUUGCAACUGCCCUGGUGGACAUGUAUGCAAAAUGCGGGAGCAUAGACAAGGCACGUGAUUUGUUUGAUGAAAUGCCUCAAAAAAAUGUGGUCUCUUGGAAUGCCAUGAUUGCAGGAUAUGCACAAAAUGGUUUUUCCAAUGAUGCUUUCAAAAUAUUUGAAUUAAUGAAGCAUUCUGGAACAUACCCUGAUAGUGUAAGCUUUGCCUGUGUUAUUUAUGCAUGUAGCCAUGCAGGUUUAGUGGAUGAGGGCUGUACAUAUUUUAAUCACAUGAGUAACCUUUAUUGCAUUACACCUACAGUUGAUCAUUAUGUGUGCAUGGUUGACCUUCUUGCCCGUGCUGGUUAUCUUGAGGACACCCUAAACUUUAUCAUUAAGAUCCCAGUUAAACCCGUGAUGGUUAUGUGGAUGUGUUAUCUUGGUGCUUGUAGAGCACAUAAGAAUAUAGGCUUGGGAGUGUUUACAGCAAUGCAGCUUCUCGAUUUGGACCCAAAAAAUGCCACAACUUAUGUUUUUCUCUCAAACCUCUAUGCAGAAGUGGGCAGGUGGAGCGAGGUUCAAAUGGUGAGGAGACUGAUGAAAGAUAGAGGAGUUAAGAAGAUCCCCGGAUGUAGUUGGAUUGAAGACCAUAAAACGGUACAUGCUUUUUGUAUAGGAGACAGAUCACAUCCACAGACACAGGAUAUCUAUGCAAAGUUGGAGAAAUUGGAGUGGGAGAUGAAGGCAGCAGGGUAUGUUCCAGAUUCGAGACGUUCACUUAAUGAUGUGGAAGAGGAGGAAAAGGAAGUAUUUCUCUGCUACCACAGUGAAAAGUUGGCAAUUGCAUUUGGUUUGUUAAACACACCACCUGAAACAACUAUUAGAGUUGUUAAGAAUCUUCGAGUAUGUGCUGAUUGUCACACUGCAACGAAAUUUAUCUCCAAAAUUGUUACAAGAGAAAUUGUUGUUAGAGAUGCAAACCGUUUCCAUCAUUUUAAACAGGGAGAAUGUUCUUGUAGAGAUUUUUGGUGAUGCUAAAUGAACCAAGAUGAAAAGUAGGCUUGCUCUAUAAUAAUGUGCACCAUGUCAAACCUGCAGUUAUAAUGAAGGGGAAAUAUGUAUAUGUAUGAAAUGAAGAGCUGGAGGAGGAAGUGGAGAAUGGUUCAGAAAAACAAAACGUGACGAGCACUUUUUUAAAUGGAAAGAUGUUUUACUGGUGGUGAACAGAUUCUGCACAAUUAAGGGUAAAUCCGGGUACGUUCUGGACAUGUUUUCAAGUCUCUGUUUAUACAAAUGACAACGCGGCACGUAGACAUCCGCGUGAUGCACUUGCAUCCCAGACUCAACACUAAAUAAGUUCUCCGGUGCAGGCACGCGGAGCAAUAGCUGGAUGCAAGGCAAACGGGGAGACUAAAGAUGAUGCAGGGCAGCUCAAGCCAGACUCGUCAUUCAGGCAAUGACGAGUCACCCUUCAUUACUUGUGCAUUUUAUUUUCAUAGCACCUAUAAAUAUACCGGAAGGAAGGCAGAUGCAGACAAGGACGAAGCAGCAAGAUGAAGGCAACAUCAAGGCUACUCCAACCGUUCCAGUCAUUCAGGCAAUGACUGGUUCCACUCUCAACAUGCUCUAUUUAUUUUUGUAAUCAUGUAUACAUGUUUAUGUAUUUCCUUCCUGCACCUGAUGUAUGUAGCUAGUCUCACGGCUCUUUGUGUGGGACG